AUGUCUAGUCAUAAGGAACAGAUUUUACGUAGUCCAGGACCUUAUGACUACUGUAAAUGCAGAUGCAAUGUUCCAUAUUAUAUACCGUACAAUUGCUUUCUAGACCAACCAGAUACACAUUCAAAUACACAUAGCCAUACGCACUGCCACACGCAAUCAAAUAGUAAUGAUUCAAACGAUGAAUCAGUAAACAAGUCUAAAAAUGUAAAAACUAAUCGGAGCGAUGUAAGAGAAGUAGUAAGAAGCAGUGAUGGAUCAGAAGAUUCACCCUUGAUGAGUGAUGAAACUGAUUUGACAUACUGUAACCUAGAUAAUGGGCUCGAGUGUACAGACUUCCUCGAAGGAAUACACUGCAUAAACUGUGAUAAGCCUUUUGUGAUGUAUACAAACCUAGAUUUCAAACUCUUCGAUAACUGGAUCAACUACGUCUUUUACCACAAUUCCAUCAACCAACUGACACAUAGCAUUGAUAAAAGUGAAGCAGAAGCCGACCAUAAAUUAAAUGGUAGGGAUAAAUAUAAAUUAAACGAAGCGGAUAAGGUUUAUAAAUCAAAUGAUUCAGAUACAGUGUAUAAUGAUAAGUUAAAUGAUACAAUCGAUGAAGAAUCUAAUGAGAUGGUAGAUGACAUCACAAGUAUAGGUGAUAUAAUGAGCUCAAUCCUGAUGUCAAGUGAAGAGACAAUGUUUGGUAUAAUAAAUAAUAUAUCACCGGGAGAACACUGCACAAAUGAGAAAAAUCAAUUAUUUGAUAGCGUUAAAAGAUUUUUACAGUAUUGCUUGGGUGAGGAUACAAUAGUACAUUUGACAGGUUCCACAGCAUAUGACAUCGACAUUGACUACUCCGAAGGAACCUCUGCAGCAGCCUAUUCAGACCUUGACAUCGUGCUUUUGAGUAAUUCGUUCGGAGGAGACCCGAGAAUCAUACUCCAAAAGGUCUAUAGCGAGUUGACAAACAUGCAACACGUGCUCAAGGAGAGAAAUAAGUGCCCGAUCUGGGUCCUAGCAGACUCCAACAUAAAACUGGUAGAAUCAGCCAAGGUUCCAAUCAUAAUAAUUGAGACCAAAAACGGUUUAUUAUGCGACAUUUCAGUAAACACGCUCUACCCUCUGCUACACACUGAGCUCUUUAAGAGUUAUAUCGACGAACACCCAAUGGUGAGACCCUUGAUGCGAAUAAUCAAGCACUGGCUAAUAGUGCGUGGAAUUCCGACUAUGAAGGAAGGAGGAUUCCCAUCAAUCCUCUGGAUGUCACUUUUUAGCAACUCACUUGACGCCACUAAUCUAAACACAGCCACCAGUAAUUUAGAGUAUUCAUAUCCAUUCCCAUUUAACGCCUCUGACACACUCGUUUCAUCAGAACCACUAGAUGAUGCACUCAUUACUAAACAAGUGAUGGAUAACAGUAAAACAGUUGACAGCAUGGAGAAUAAUAACGGUACAAUGACAUUGACAAAUUCAACGUCAUUGGUUGAAACGCCAUUCACGUACUCACCAAAUUCUUCAAUUACGCAAGUCUCACAGACAAACCCUACCAACAAUGACAUUCAUGACACAGUUAGUAGCGAUAAUCAGCACAAUUUUACCAGCGAAAUCCAUGACACAGCUAGUAAUAACGAUGAAAACGAGAGUAUGUAUGAAGGAUCAGAAGAGUCAGAGGAGGUGUACGAAGAGUUUAAUUUCAAUGAAACAUACAGAGAAAUGUACAUGUCGGAAUAUAAUAUGAAAGGCUGUUCAAUAGGUCAGUUGUGGAACCGUUUACAGGGCGGAAGAGGAGAAUACGGAAUCUUGUGUUCAUUGGAAAAGUGUUUCUACAAUUUGUCAAAGGGACUGAGUUUGAUGGACAUCGUUAACAGAUUCGCGCACAUCAAGAACGGAAGCGAUUACGGAGGAAUGUCAACCUUCUGUAUAAACGUCAUCAGACUCAUAGAAAUGGAACCGAACGUGCCCUACGGUACAUGGCUAGUAUACUUCUAUGAGCUCAACAGAGCUAAAGAAUACAUGAAUUUGUAUUCUAAACGCCUUGAAAUUCUUGUAACACUACUCUCAUUUCUCAGAUUACUCACCAAUCCUCAUAAUAACCCAGCAAAUCACAAUAAUAAUACUUCUAGCAAUAUUGAUACAAACAGUGCCAAUAAUAAUAAUAAUAAUGAUCAAAAGUGUAAUAAAAUUAGUAGGUCAGACUUGGAAGAUUUGACUUCAAAUAUAUGCCACUCGUUUGGAUAUGAUUUAUCGUACCUAUGGGAUUCCACAAAACAAGACCCACACUCAAAGGAGGAAUUCAACCCUUUGUAUCUCAACAACAAGUACGCCUUCGGCUACUCUUUAUCAAACGACUCCCUGAAUACUAUUGACGUAGUUUCCACCGAUAUCUCCACGGAUACAGCAGUUUCAUCCGACAACAACACUGCCAAACCGAACCCAAAAGCUAAUUUUAAACAACAUAGUCUGGACAAUUUAGAUCCUAAAAAGGAUAAUGAGGAGGAUAAGGACGUGAUGAAGAUAAUUGAGGAGUUUGUACAGAGAGUCUCGACCAUGUUGAGAAUACAGCUGAAAAGUGAAGAUUUGCUACGUAACAUAAAAUUGUUAACGUAUCAUAUGUUCCAGCAAUUUAAAAUAAUCCCAAACGAGAUAUUCGAAAAGGCACACUAUAAUUUGUAUACAAUUCCAGUCUCAAUAGACCCCCCAACACCAAUUGAAGAUGAGGGGUCAGAUUAUACAACCGGAAGCCAAAGAGGAGGAGGAUUUGAAAGCUGUUUGUGGAAUGAUAGUGGUUGGUAUAUCGUAGUGUUGCAGGAUAGUUUGUGCAUAGUGAAGGUGAUCAAAAUAUGUAUAGAAUGGGACUUUUGGUGGUCCAAGGAGUUUGUAAGUAGAAGAGAUUCCCGCUCCAUUUUCCAUGGCUUUGUGUACAGACAAUUGAGACUAGAUGACAUGAAAAAAGCAGAACCACAGUUGCAAUCGCAGCUACAAUCAGCCUCACGUGCACAAUUCAAUAGCAAUAGUGUAAACUCACCUUCAAUCCUGAUCAAGCGAGGCGCCUUGGUGCUUUUCAACCCCUGCGAUAUUGUCAGCAAACUCCACGUGCUCAAAGUCGUCAAACAUGAACAGUACAUCAGCCCAUCACUAUACAGUACAGAUUUCUACACUGGAGUCAAAUGUAUUUACGUUCUACCCGGGUUCGAAGUCGACCGUUUCAUGUGCUUCGACCAGAUUGUACACAAGCUUAAACACUACGUCGAGUUCAGACCCCAGGUCAGCUUCUGCAAGCUCUGCGGAAUAGUAAACAUGAAGAAGAUAAACCCCUACACUGAGUAUAAAAUCCCCCAGAGGAAGCUCAGGAACGCCAAAUACGUCCUCUGUAACCAAAAGUACAACCACAUCUACAAUCUCAUGCAGUUCAGCCAUAACCUCAAAUAA